CGUAAAGAAUAAAUACACUAACAUACUAACACACUCGUAAAUCAUAAAUACACUAGUAAUACACUACUAACACACUCGUAAAUCAUAAAUACACUAAUACCCUAACAUAAUAACACACUCAUAAAUCAUAAAUACACUAAUAACAUACUACUAAUAUACUACUAACACACUCGUAAAUCAUAAAUACACUAAUACACUAACAUAAUAAUGAAUAAUAAAUAAACCAAUACACUCACAUACUAAUACACUAAUAUACUAACACACUAAUAAAUAAACUAACACACUAACAUACUAAUACACUAACACACUAAUACACUAAUAUACUAAUACACUAAUAAAUAUACUAAUACACUAACACACUAAUACACUAAUAUACUAAUACACUAAUAAAUAUACUAAUACACUAACACACUAAUACACUAAUAUACUAAUACACUAAUAAAUAUACUAAUACACUAACACACUAAUACACUAACACACUAAUAUACUAAUACACUAAUAUACUAAUAAAUAAACUAACAUACUAAUACACUAAUAUACUAAUACACUAACACACUAAUACACUAAUAUACUAAUACACUAAUAAAUAUACUAAUACACUAACACACUAAUACACUAAUAUACUAAUACACUAAUAAAUAUACUAAUACACUAACACUAAUACACUAACACACUAAUAUACUAAUACACUAAUAUACUAAUAAAUAAACUAACACACUAACAUACUAAUACACUAAUAUACUAAUACACUAACACACUAAUACACUAAUAUACUAAUACACUAAUAAAUAUACUAAUACACUAACACACUAAUACACUAACAUACUAAUACACUAAUAAAUAUACUAAUACACUAACACACUAAUACACUAACAUACUAAUACACUAAUAAUAUACUAAUACACUAACACACUAAUACACUAAUAUACUAAUACACUCAUAAAUAAUAAAUAAACUAAUACACUAACUACUACAAUAGCAGCUGAGUGGGGCAUUACACCUGGUAAUCUGUGAGCCGGUGACGUAGUCAAUAUCGGAAUCGGGUUUUCCACACGUGGUGUUCGCCACCCACCCCCUCGUGUGACAUCUGCCUGCUGCUACUUGCUCACAGCACUUGCCCCGACAGCAUGCGUAGGCUACACGGGGGUCCUUUGUCUUUGUGCUCGCAGCACCGAAGCGCGUGGCCGUGCGGACUGGGCUUGCUGCGAGGAGACGAACCGUGCCUUACCGGACUCAGCUGAUGUACAGGGCUGGCCGCUUGCAGCAUACUCGUCUGUUGCAGCAGCAGCAGCAGCAGAGGCCGAAGCAGCAGCAGCAGACGCAGAAGCAGCAGCAACAGCAGCAGAGGCCGAAGCAGAAGCAGCAGCAGAAGCAGCAGCAACAGCAGAGGCAGCCAAAGCAGCAGAAGCAGCAGCAGCAGAAGCAGAAGCAGCAGCAGCAACAGCAAAGGCAGCAGCAGAAGCAACAGCAGCAGCAGCGGCAGCAGCCGCGGCAGCAACAGCAACAGAAGUUGCAGCUGUGGACGAAACGAAAGCUGGGACAGCAGGGGCUGACAGCUGUUCACGUGCAGCAGAGGAUGCAGCAGCAGCAGCAGCAGCAGGCGCAGCAGCAGCAGCAGCAGCGGUGGAGGUGGAGAGGGGCGUACGGGCGGGCGACCCUGGGCAGGCUGCCCGUGCCUUUGUCUGGCCCGGCUCAGCUCGACGCUCGACUCAGACAGAGGAGAGAGCGGCAGAGGAGGGUGAACUCCCUCCGUGGUGUGGCGGCCUGGGGUGAGACUCCAGAUGGCAGAAGCAUGCACGGAGCUCGGCACGGACACACGCGGAAUGCCGAGGCCUCUCCGAGCACGAUGCUGACCGUCUCCAUCGCCAAUCCUCGAGCAACGACGCAGCCCGCCAAGCGAGCACCCUCAUCCACAAACAACAACAAGGCCCAUCUCUCCUCCACCUCGCCACCACCGCCGCCACCACCAGCGUCAUCGUCGGCGUCAUCGUCGCCCCACCGCAUCGUGCUGGGCUGCUCGGGUUCCCUCCUCCUCGUGUCCGCCAGGCCCCAGCCCCCCCCCCGCCCCCCCGCUCCCCCUCCCCCGCUCCCCCUCCCCCCCUCCUCCUCCUCCACCUCGUCGCCGCCGUCAAGAGCAGCAACGGUGUUGGCUCGCGGCGGCCGAGGCGGUGGUGGCGGUGGUGGCGGCGGCCGAGGCGGUGGUGGUGGUGGUGGCGGUGGUGGCGGUGAUGGCCGUGGUGGUGGUGGUGGCCGUGGCGGUGGUGGCGACGGUGGUGGCCGUUGGGCUUCGCCUGCGCAGCCCCGUGGAGUUUCGCUCAGCCUGGAGACCUUCCGCUUGCCCAAGCAGACCUCGCUGACGCUGCACGCCAGAUUCUCUGGCGUGCAGGCCAAAGUCGGCCCCGCAACGGCCCCCACCAGACCCCGUACCGUCUGUCUGCUGUGAGAGCGGUGGCGGAGCCACGGGGGGGGGGG